ACGCGAGAACUCGUUGUAAGCGAGGUUUACAAAAUGGAGUCGUAUGUCUAGUUUUGGACAGAAUAUAUGAAUAUUAAGUUAAUUUUUUUAUAUAAGCAGUGUUAUAUAAAUCAAAGGCAUGGCCGAUAACUUGUUAAACAAUAGUUCUUCUCAAAUUGUGGAAGAAAAUACGAAUCAAAACAACAGCCUUUCUUUAGAGACUGAUAAACUUGAAAAUUUGCCUACCCCACCCACUCAAAAAACGACUGACAGUGAACCAGAAACGAACGAUCGGAUUGAUGAAGGGCAAGUUAGUCCGUCAGGUGAUGGUGACAUAACAGAAUCUGCAAAAGAUGAAAACAAUUCAUCAGAGUUAACAGGAGAGAAGGAAAAGGAUUCUGAUAUUCAAAAAGAAGGUGAAGAUACAUUGGAGAAAGAAGAUGCAGAGAGCCAGAAUGAAACUGAACAGACCAUUAGUGAUAACACUGAAUGUGAUACUGAAGAGACUUCGGAAAACAUUGCACUUAAAGUAGAAUUACCUCCUAAGGAUUCAGGAAUAGAAAAUGAGAAAGAGGCAAAAACAGAUGGUGAAGAUACUGUUACUGAAGGCGCUUGCAGUAGUGAUGGGGGUGCUGCAUCCGACGGAGGCCCGUCAUCUAACACUGAAAGUAUACACCAAGUGAAAUGGGUUUAUUUUAAGAAAAAGCAAGUGCCCAUAAUCACACAGAAUGAAAAUGGACCUUGCCCGUUGCUUGCUCUGAUCAAUGUGUUGUUACUUCAGAAUCGUGUGACUUUGCCGCCACAGACAGAAAUCGUAUCGGCGGGUCAGUUAAUGGCUCAUCUAGGUGACUGUGUUCUUGAGAAUGUGCCUGGUGAAGAUGGUGUGUCAACGCAUUCUCGACUCAACUUUGAACAAAACAUGGGUGAUGCAAUGGCUGUGAUGUACAAACUCCAAACUGGACUUGAUGUCAAUGUCAGAUUUACAGGUGUUCGUGACUUCGAAUACACGUCAGAGUGUAUUAUAUUUGACUUGUUACAAAUUGCACUGUAUCAUGGUUGGCUGGUAGAUCCCCAGAAUGCAGCAGAGGUAGAGGCCCUGGGCAAAUGUAGUUAUAACCAGCUUGUAGAGAAAAUCAUUGUACAGAAAACAUCUGACCAACAUGACCUAGUUAGCCAAGCAUUAGUAGCAGAGGAGUUUUUGGAGAAUUCCGCCUCACAGUUGACCUACCAUGGUUUGUGUGAGCUUUGUACACAGCUGAAAGAAGACGAACUAGCGGUGCUGUUUAGAAAUAACCAUUUUACUACACUGUAUAGACACAAGGAUGAAUUAUUUCAACUAGUUACGGACCAAGGCUUCCUACAGGAGAGUAAUGUAGUGUGGGAGACUCUAAGUAAUGUUGAGGGAGAUUGCCAUUUUGUAGAUUCUGAGUUUAGAACAUACACCAAACCUGAACCCCCUCCUUUAUCAAAGGAACCUUCCAAUGUACCAAUUAACAGUGAGGAACAAAUUGACCAUGAUUACCUGGUAGCAUUAUCCCUGCAGCAAGAACAACAACCUCCAGAACAGAUAGACUGGACACCUCAAAACUCUCAACUCUCAGAUGAAGAAUUAGCCAAACAACUUCAAGAAGAGGAACGCAGAGCUGCCAUGGCCGAGGCAAAUGAGCCCCAGCGUCGUCAAGGGCAGCCAGCACCUAGACCGCAAGGUCAACAGUCUUCUAGUCAGCGGAGACCAACUAGAGGAAACGGUCAACCAAGAGAAGAGAAAAAAACUGAUUGCUGUAUUUUGUGACACACCCCGUUGUUUGUAUAGGAUACGUCUUCUAGUACACAAGUCAGCAGGAUACUGAUUCCUAUUGUGAGAGUCAUUCACCUCUUCUACCAGGCACGAGAAUGGCCGGCCUAAGUUCAGGAUUACAUGUACAUUGUAGCGGAAACUUGCAACUGCCAAGUUCCAUGUAAUAUGAGAAUGUUGUAAUUUGCUGUGGAAUAAGUUUGCACAUUUUGUAUUAAAUCAAGUUAAAAAAAAUAUUUUAGAAAUACAUUUGUAAUAUUUUAGCUUUUGUCUGAGAUUUCAAUGCUAAUUAGAGGAAAAGAGCUUUCAAAGUCCACAUUUUCUUUUGUAACAGUUAGACAAAAGAUGAUGAUUCCACAGUCCUUAUUCUCCAGGCUUGUACUGUAAAACCAGUCUUUUUUGUGACAUAUAUAUUUUCAGUAUACAUGCAUUUGCAAUCUGUAUUAGAUUUUGCAAAAAUAGAUACCUGUGAACCUAUUAUUAUCAUUGUUAUAAGUAGUCCUAAAAUUAUGUUUUUCAAAUUAAGCAUGUAUCUUGAAUAUUUGACAUGUGCUCCUAUUUCAGUUUUAAAAGUAGCAAACUUUUAGCUUCAGGAAAAAUAUCUGAUUUUAUUAUGUAUAAGGAUGUUGUAAAGAAAAAUUUAAUAUUGGUUGAAAAUUUGGGACUGCUGUUAGGUUAACACUUUGGAUUACAGACUAUUAUUUUUGGAAAAAUGUCUAAAAGCCACAGCAUAGUUAUUUUUUGUAUAUUUGCUGACAUCUUUUGUAGCUGCUUAUUGAAAACAGAAGAAAAUGCAAUUGAUUUACCCCGAGGCAACAAUUUUUAGAAAAUACAGCUUUUGCUUUUUAAUGUAUUUAAAGUCUUCAUGUUAUAAUGAAAAAGAAAUUAUAUAGAAAUGUAUGUUGUAAUGUUUGAAAUUGCCAUUUGUGUUGCUGGUAGAAGGGUUAAUUUAAUUUGCAGUAAAACAUCAGUUGUUUGAAGUCACAAGGGAAUGAGCAAAUUGCUCAAGUCAUUGAAAGUUCUGUGUGAGUCAGACCAAGAAAAUAUUAGAAAAACUACAGUGGAUCACAGCAUUUGCUCAGAGUCAGAUCCGGUGCUUGAGUCAUUAAUGCUCAAGUGAGUGACGUUUUUGUGUAUAUGUAAAGAAAAUACGCCAUAUUUGAUAAAUGUAGCAGUGUAACAUGAAUAAAUCUUUAUAUACAAAGGUCACUGUUCUUGGAGGUAAUUUGCUGAAAUGAAUUUUUUUGUAACAUUUGAUGUACUUUGUACUGAUAAGGCCUAAAAAAAUUGUUUGUUUCCGAUAUCCCAACCUACCCUAAAUUUUUGGCCCGACCCUAAAUGUUUUUAUGGCCCAGGAGAUUUUUUUUCAACUUUUAAACAUAAAGUUGCAAAGCUUCACUUUUUAUGCUUUAAACAUGGUCUGUGAUGUUAGAACUCAACUGACUGAUGCUCUAAAGGCAUAACCCUCUUAUUUAUAUUCAUUUUUUGACAAAAAAAUAAUUUCCAAAAAGUCUCACCUAAGAAAAAAUAAAUUCCAAACAAAAAAAAGAUUUAAAAAAAUUUGCUGACCUACCUUCCAUAAGUUCUUUAGCAUGUUAUUGGAAACAAACCUUUUUUUGUUAGGCUUAAACCAGCCUGGCAUUGGUAAUAAGUUGUGCAAUAGCUGUUGUGUUUUCAUGUUUGAAGAGUAAUAGCAUAUUUAUGUUUCAUCAGAAUGAUUGUGUUAAGUUUCAUUUUCUUUUUAAGUUUUUUGUUUUCAGCUUAUAAUUAUGAUAGUUUAUUUUCACUUAUAAUUACCAAAAGUAAAACCAAUAAUGACGGAAUUCUUAAAAGGGACAUUUGGCACCCAACAUGGGACCGUGAUGGCAUUACACAAACCAGCAUUAGUUACUACUUUCCUACUUAUUGCUGUUCUACCGAGUUUGAUCCAUCCAGGACACUGGGUUAAAAUGGGGGCAACCACAAGUGUAAAUGUAAGGAAAAUAUUACAGGUAAAAUUCCUGAAUAGACAGCAUUUGCUAGUGCUUCUCUAUCAGACUUGUUUGAGGGAGGCGCCUUUGUUAAAUUCUCGGGAGCAUAAAAUUAUUUGAAAGAAACUAGAAUUGUCUGAAACUCUUCAACGAAGAAAAAUUAAGUGUAAGGAUUAUCUCAUGGUCCCUGUCUCAUAUGAGCGACUUGGGGCCCAUUUUAUGGGUUGGGGGUAGGGGAUGGUUGAUGCUUGUCACUUGUCAUGUUCAUAUUACCUAUUUAUGUAACAGCUGAAAUUUAAAAUGUUCUGUAUGUGUUCAACUUAUGGUAGCAGACCCAUAAAAGAUAAUUAGCAAAUGUAAUGAUGGAGUAUUUACAUGUCAUAAUGUUUUGGCUACAGGGUUAGGUACAACAUCAAUAGGAAUUUGUUUUGUAUAUCUUGGCUACUUGUCUUUAAAUAUUUAAAAAUAUACUAGACAUAUUUGAUAUAUGAAGUGUUACAACAUAUACAUGUAGUUUAUGCAAACAUAAAAUUAAUAAGCUUAUGUGAAUGAACGCUACUGUACAGGUUUUAAGAUAGCCCACAAUACAUGUAUAGAGCUAAAAAAAAAUUUUUUGAACAGUUGACUGAAAUUGCAGGACAUCUAAUAAUGAAUGUAGCUCUACAUACACUAUUAACUAAAAUGUUUAUUAAAGUUAAAUAUAUAUCUGAUAUUGAAGAAUUUUCUCCAUUUGAAGUAAAUAUUUAAUAAUAAAAUAUUUUAAUGAAAGAUUUGCAAUGGAUAUCUGCAGUGUUACUGAGACAUUUGGAACAUUACAGAAAUACUUUUGAAAAACAAGCAAACAAACAAACUUGUCAUAAUUGUUAACUAGUUAACCCUUACCCCGCUAGCAUUCUUUAAUAAACUUGUCCAUCUUUCCAUUAACUGUUAAAAGGGGUGCUUACAAGAAAGAUAUUGAAUGAAUGGUUAACAGUGCAGAUCUUGAUCAGACUGCACAGAUGUGCAGGUUGAUCAUGAUCUACACUUGUUGCAAAGGCAGAAUCACCGGUCGCAAAAGCUUAAUCAAUUGUGUCAAGCAUAAUUAGGGUUAAUAUCUGUUAUGAGCCUGAAACCAUGAAUUUAUUUAACUGUAUAAACUCAUUUAAUGACAUAUAAUAUUGCUCAUAUACAUGCUUAGAAUUUUAACACAUUUUUCAAUUAUUUAUGAAACACGAAAGCUAUUACUUAAUUUGUUUUUGUUUGUGAUAAGUCUUUUCUGUAUGUAUGUAAGAUAAUAAUAAGUUGUAUUUUGUAUUUGGCUUCAUUUAGUGUCAUUAUGGUAAUUAUGCUAAAUCCAUGCCUUGAAAUUAAAACCAUGUGAUCAUAUAUUUGGAGGUUAUAUUGAUAGGGUAAAGUGUAUAUGUCUUGCAGCUUUCAGAAUUUUGCCUUCAGAUCGGUAGAAUAAAUUUCUGUCCAGAUAAAAUAUUUGAGGGCUGCAACAUUCAUAUUAUAUAAAAACCAGUACAGUACAUGUAAUGCUUUUGUUCAGUCAGAUUGAUAAAUGAAAUUCUGUAUAAUUUGGAUUUUUUAUUUACUUUCAAUAUUUGUCUCAGAUGUUUUAGAAAAAUAUGACUUGUUGGUUAGACUUGCACCAUUUUUCUGGCAAAUUAUCGUAAUACAUUGUUGCCUUAUUUCCACAAUGUAGUGACUAACAUUUUUAACAGAAAUGGAGUUACGGGUAUCAGUACAAAGGUGUGGCUGAGAUCUGUAUUAUGAUAUCACUUAAUACCCAUUUAGUAGUGUACCAACGUUUCCCCGAGGGAUUCUGAAGAUGUUAUAACAAGAAAAGAACAUGCACUAAUGCUUUUCUAGCAUAAAACACGUAAGACCCAAGUAAAUGAAUAUAUUGAGUCUCAGUGUCAUUAAAUUUCCAUGAAAUGCGCGGUAAAGUAUACGGCGUUUUUUUCACAUUGAUGUCAUUUCCUUUUGAAAUAUCCAUUUUGAGGCUGUAAUACUUUUACAUUUUACCUCUGAAUGCGCAUAUAUAAAAAGGUGUUAUAACAGCCAAUGAGUGCGAGAAUCUCUGUUAACACACGUUUUCUCUCCUGUAAAAACAACCCCCGAAAAGUGACAAAAACAGCAGUUUUAUGCUAGAAUGUAUAGUGUAUUUAACUUUCAUAAGCACACUUAUUUGAAGUUGAUAGCUGUUUUUCUUGGGUGUCAGUACUUGUAUUUUGGUUUAGCUUGCUUAAUGUAAAUUAUGUUCAUACUAAAUGGCAAGUGUAUUUAUACUAAGUUUGACAGUAUAUCAAUGAUGUUGGGUCUGUAUAAUUUAUGGUAUCCAUUUAAAUGCUUCCAUUAAAUUUUGUUUUUAUUUGACAAAUAUAUUCUUUAAUGCAUGCUAAAUCUUCAUGUAAUAAUGUUAUUACAUAGAAUUAUUGGCCAGACUCUUGAAUUAUGAUGCUGAAUUAAGGUGUAAAUAAUCCUAUGACAAAGGGCAUUUUUUGCACAAGUAGGGUAAAAAUCUGGUUCCAAGGAGGAUAUAACAAAUUUUAAACCAGUCUCCAAAUGCUUGUCUUGCCAUUGGUCAGUUUCAAAAUUGUACUCAGAAAGCAGCUUUACCAUUGGUCAGUUUCAAAAUUGUACUCAGCAAGCAGCCUGUCCAUUGGUCAAUUUCAAAAUUGUACUAAGCAAGCAACCCGUCUCAUUGGUCUAUUUCAAAAUUGUACUCAGCAAGCAACCUUACCAUUGGUUAGUUAUCCCCCGCCGAUGAAAUCGGGAGGGGGGUAUUGAAAUGGCGUUGUCCAUCCGUCAGUCAGUCCGUCCGUCCGUCCGUCCGCAGCCAUUUCUCAGUAACUACUUGGUAGAAUUUCAUGAAACUUGAAAUAAACAUGAACCAACAUACUGCGAUGAUGCCCGUCAAGUUUUUUUUUUGAUUGGUCAAUUUCCCUCAGAGUUAUUGCCCUUGAUUUAAUAAAAAAUGUCUGUCUGCAGCCAUUUCUUCAGUAACUAACGGGUAGAAUUUCAUCAGAUUUGAAAUAGACAUG